AUGAAGCAAAUGGACAGCGUCUCCAGGGACAAUGAGGCACCAUUUAUCAGCAAUGAAGAAAAAGUUCUGAUUUAUAAUUUUCCAGGAGACUUCCCACCACGUCUCAGCAAAUGGUACAGCCGGGAGCUGUGUUCCAGCCCCCAGUUCAUAACCGGUGGAGCCACCCGCACAGACAUCUGCCAAGGGGCGUUAGGGGACUGUUGGCUCUUGGCUGCUAUUGCCUCUCUCACCCUGAAUGAAGAAAUUCUGGCCCGUGUUGUUCCCAAAGACCAGAGCUUCCAGGAUAAAUAUGCAGGAAUUUUCCACUUCCAGUUCUGGCAGUACGGGGAGUGGGUGGACGUCGUGGUGGACGACAGGCUGCCCACCAAGAAUGGGGAGCUGCUCUUCGUGCACUCGGCAGAGGGCAGUGAGUUCUGGAGCGCACUGCUGGAGAAGGCCUAUGCCAAGCUGAACGGCUCGUACGAGGCUCUCUCUGGUGGCACCACCACUGAAGGCUUUGAGGAUUUCACCGGUGGAAUUGCAGAAUGGUAUGAGCUGCAGAAGGCACCACCCAACCUCUUCAAAAUCAUCCAGAAGGCACUUCAGAAAGGCUCUCUCCUUGGCUGCUCCAUUGAUAUCACCAGUGCGGCGGAGACGGAGGCGGUCACUUCCCAGAAGCUGGUGAAGGGACACGCGUACUCGGUCACCGGGGCAGAGGAGGUGAACUUCCGAGGAACGGUGCAGAAGUUGAUCAGAAUCCGAAAUCCCUGGGGGGAAGUGGAGUGGACUGGAAAGUGGAACGACAACUGCCCAAACUGGAGUGGCGUUGACCCUGAGGUGCGUGAGCGGCUGACCAGGAGGCAUGAAGAUGGGGAGUUUUGGAUGGCGUUCAAUGACUUCUUGAGACAUUACUCCCGCCUGGAGAUCUGCAACCUGACUCCAGACACGCUGGCAAGUGACAGGUACAAGAAGUGGAGCCUGCUGAAGCUGGAUGGGAACUGGAGGCGAGGAGCCACUGCAGGGGGCUGCAGGAAUUACCCAAACACUUUCUGGACGAAUCCACAGUAUUUAAUCAAGCUGGAGGAAGAAGAUGAGGAUCCUGAUGAUCCUGAGAGGGGCUGCACUUUCCUCAUUGGCCUGAUUCAGAAGCACCGACGGAGGCAGAGGAAGAUGGGAGAGGACAUGCACACCAUCGGCUUUGCGAUUUAUGAGGUGCCCCCAGAGUUUUCUGGCCAGACAAACAUUCAUCUGAGCAAAAACUUUUUCCUGACCAACAAAGCAAGAGAAAGAUCUAACACCUUCAUCAACACCGUGCCCUCAACCUUUGAACCCAACAAGAAUGGGGAUUUCUGUCUCCGAGUCUUCUCUGAAAAGAACGCAAACUCCACGGUUAUAGACGAUGAAAUUGAGGCCAAUUUUGAAGAGGCCGAGGUUAGUGAAGAUGACAUUGAACCCAGCUUUAAAAAGCUUUUUGGACAGCUAGCGGGAAGUGAUGCAGAGAUCUCCGCCUUCGAACUGCGCAACAUCUUGAAUAAAAUCAUGGCUAAACGUAAAGAUAUUAAGUCUGAUGGCUUUAGUAUUGAGACAUGCAAAAUAAUGGUUGACCUGCUGGAUAAUGAUGGCAGUGGUAAACUAGGACUGAAGGAGUUCCAUACCCUCUGGACAAAGAUUCAGAAAUACCAGAAAAUUUACAGGGAAAUUGAUGUGGAUCGAUCCGGUACCAUGAAUUCGUAUGAAAUGAGGAGAGCACUGGAAGCAGCAGGGUUCAAACUGAACUGCCAGUUACAUCAAGUCAUUGUGGCUCGUUUUGCUGAUGAAGACCUCAUCAUUGAUUUUGAUAACUUUGUCCGGUGUUUGAUUCGGCUGGAAACCUUGUUCAAAAUGUUUAGAAAACUGGAUACUGAGAAAACUGGAACAAUAGAAUUGAACCUUGUUAAUUGGUUGUGCUUUACUGUCAUUUGAGCUACUGAGCCACAGAAAGAGCAAGAUCAGGUGAAGAUAAUCAAGCAUACA